UGACAACUGUGGAUGCAAGGGAUGGGUAUGGGCAUACAGAGCGGAGUGAUCGGGAUACUGUGCGUACAGAGCGGAGGGACAGGGAUAUUGUGUGUAUAGAGCAAAGAGACCAGGAUACUGUGCGUACAGAGCGGAGAGAUCGGGAUACUGUGCGUACAGAGUGGAGAGAUUGGGAUACUGUGCAUACAGAGCGGAGAGAUCAGGAUACUGUGCGUACAGAGCGGAAAGAUCGGGAUACUGUGCGUACAGAGCAAAGAGAUCGUGAUACUGUGCGUACAGAGCAAAGAGACCGGGUACUGAGCAUACAGAGCAAACAGACAGGGAUAUUGUGCGUACAGCGCAAAGAAACCGGAAUACUGUGCGUACAGAGCGGAGAGAUCGGGAUACUGUGCGUACAGAGCGGAGAGAUCGGGAUACUGUGCGUACAGAGCGGAGAGAUCGGGAUACUGUGCGUACAGAGCAAAGAGACCGGGAUACUGUGCGUACAGAGCAAAGAGACCGGGUACUGAGCAUACAGAGCAAACAGACAGGGAUAUUGUGCGUACAGCGCAAAGAAACCGGAAUACUGUGCGUACAGAGCGGAGAGAUCAGGAUACUGUGCGUACAGAGCGGAGAGAUCGGGAUACUGUGCGUACAGAGCGGAGAGAUCGGGAUACUGUGCGUACAGAGCAAAGAGAUCGGGAUACUGUGCGUACAGAGCAAAGAGACCGGGUACUGAGCAUACAGAGCAAACAGACAGGGAUAUUGUGCGUACAGCGCAAAGAAACCGGAAUACUGUGCGUACAGAGCGGAGAGAUCAGGAUACUGUGCGUACAGAGCGGAGAGAUCGGGAUACUGUGCGUACAGAGCGGAGAGAUCGAUACCAGCGCAUAGAGCAAAGAGAUCGUGGGAUACUGCGCGACAGAGCAAAGAGACCGGUACCAUACAGAGCAAACAGACAGGGAUAUUAAAGCGCAUAGCCGAAAGAAACCGGAAUACUGUGCGUACAGAGCGGAGAGAUCGGGAUACUGUGCGUACAGAGCAAAGAGACCGGAAUACUGUGCGUACAGAGCGGAGAGAUCGGGAUACUGUGCGUACAGAGCGGAGAGAUCGGGAUACUGUGCGUACAGAGCAAAGAGACCGGGAUAUUGUAUGUACAGAGCAAAGAGAUCGGGAUACUGUGCGUACAGAGCAAAGAGACCGG